UGGCACGGCCCCAGUUCGGUGUCGCCAGCGGGUGCCGUGCGAUGGAUGAUGAAUGGAGCCCAAAGACACCGGCGGCGCUGUCCCAGGAGCUUUGCAUCGGGAACUGCUGUGGGCGCUGGCGUCCGGGGCGGCCUAUGGUAUCUCAGCGACCCUGGUGGGGCAACCCUUGGAUACCAUCAAGACCAUGAUGCAGACUGAGCAGGCGCGUGGUGUUGGCAGAGCCACUGUCCUGGAAACCAUUGGACGCAUGCAGGCUUCGCCUAGCUUGCUCCUUCGCACUGCCUACGGUGGUGGCCGUGCUGUCCUGCUGGGGGCUGUGCUUUUUCGGUCGCUGCCUUUUGUGGUGUACUCAGGAACUUUGACAUCGCUGCCGUGGCAUCACACGGCACAGCUCGGGGGCGUGGACUGGCGCGUGUGGGUCAGUGGCAUGGUUGCCGGCGUGGCCCGCGGCCUGGUGGAGAAUCCCUUUGAAGCGCUGAAGACGCAGAAGCAAGUCUGGGGCACCAGUUACUUGGACUCCCUGCGUGCGGGCCACAUUUGGCGAGGCCUUUCUGCUACUUGUGGGAGAAAUGUGAUUCUGGUUACGAUGUUCUUCGUGCUGUCUGACAAGUUGAGCGACCUUCGCGAUCUUCCUCUGUCGGGCGACCUUGGCGAUCGCCCCUUUCUGCGCGGCAGCUGCAUCACCGUUUGCUGUUGGAUUGCGGCUUGGCCAUUUGAUGUGGUGAAGAGUCAGAUGCAGAGCAUGAGAACCAGCCAGGUGACCCAUGGAUGCUGGUCGCAUGCAGGCACCAACGGUGUAGCUGGUCUUUUGUUACAAACCUGGCGUGGUCACAUGCUCUACCGCGGGCUGCUGCCGGGGCUGGCGCGUGCGUGCUUUGCCAAUGGCUCUGGGAUGUAUGCCUACCAAAAGGUUCAACAAAUGCGGUGACCCUCGGUGUGCUGGGUGUCCUUCGGUCCGCAUUUGUGCAGCAGGUGAUAGCCGAGGAGCACGACGACUGUGGCUUGGCGCGUGGACGAAAA